CCCCCUCCCCCCUCCCCUGCCCUGUCUCUCGCUCCUCUCCCCCCUGGCCCUCUUCCUCCCGCCCCCGCAGCCGCAAGCCUAGCCGCCUGCGAUCCUGUCCUCCGUCCCUCCUCCCUCGUUUCCCCAUGCUUAGCGCUGUUGUUUCCCGGCGCCUGGCCGCCUCGGCCGCCUCCUCCGCCUUCCGUGGCCCGGCUGUCCAGCCGGCCGCGGCGCGCCUCUUCUCCCAGGCCGUCCAGACGGACGAGCCCGCCGAGCAGGCCCUGGAGGAGAUCCCGGAGGCCGCCGCCCCUCCCAGCAAGCGCUCUCUUCGUCGCGCGGCCAGCAUUUGCACCUCGCACCCGCGUGGCCUGCUCAACCGCCUCGAGGCCCUCGAGGUCCGGUCCAAGCCGACCCUCAUGGAGAACGGUGUCUGGCGCAAGCCCCUGGACAGCAAGCGCACCAUCGCCCGCCUGCGCCGGAUGGUCUACCUCGGCAAGCUCAACGGCGUGGAGCUCGACUGGCCGCUGCCCGAGAAGCAGCGCACCCCCAUGCGCGGCAUCGCCCGGCCGCCCAAGCUCCACAAGGACGAGCACACCAAGCAGGCUCGCAUCGAUACCCUCAAGAAGAACCUCCUGCGCAUGGACAAGGUCAUCGAGGAGUACCGCCUCGAGCGCGUCGAGCGCCGCGAGAAGAAGCGCCCGAUUGUCUAAGAAGCCCUUCACUUUCUCUCCCUCUCCCCUGGCUGGCCACCGCGCGCUCCCCCUCUCCCCCUCCCUGUCCUUGUACCAUCCCUUCUCCCGGAGUUCCCCCCUCCUUCCCCCCUCCCCAUUCGCGGCUAAUGGCCUCCCUCGAUCUGUCCCUCCCCCCCUCUCUCUCUCUCCCUCC